ACGCAAAGUUCAGACUUUUGAAAGAAGAAAAAAAAAACAUCCCCAAACACAAAAUUUGAAAAUUUUGAGAUUAGAUUUUUAGAGGAAAAAAAAUAGGUUGACUGUUUUGUUUUGGCUAUGGAGAUGUAUUCAAGUGCAAACGACUCCGAUUUGGCUAUGCUGGACUCAAUUCGGCAAUACUUACUCAGCGAUUCAUCGGACCUUCGACUCACUGCUUCCACUGAUUUUACCUCGGCUCCCCCCAUGUUUUGCAGGAGCUCAAGCUUUAGCCGUUUGAACCCUUGUUUCACUGAAACCUGGGGUGAUCUCCCGCUCAAAGAAGACGAUUCCGAGGACAUGCUUGUUUACGGACUCUUACGAGAUGCUCUAACUGUCGGUUGGGCACCGUCCGAUAACUCUACGACGAAUUUAACGCCGAUCAAGCCGGAACCGCAAGAAUUUUUACCGCAGACAUCGUUGGAAAAAGUGGAUAUGGUGGCGGAGAGGACGGUUCCUGCGGUGGUGCCGGCCAAAGGGAAGCAUUACAGAGGCGUUAGGCAAAGGCCGUGGGGGAAGUUCGCAGCUGAGAUUAGGGACCCGGCUAAAAAUGGCGCUCGGGUUUGGUUAGGUACUUUUGAGACGGCUGAGGAUGCGGCUUUAGCUUAUGAUAGAGCAGCUUAUAGGAUGCGUGGCUCAAGAGCUUUGUUGAAUUUUCCUCUGAGGGUGAACUCUGGGGAGCCUGAUCCAGUCAGAGUAACGUCAAAGAGAUCGUCGCCGGAGCCGUCUUCGUCUUCGUCUUCUGGCUCCGAAAAUGCGUCACCAAAAAGGAGGAGAAAGGUGGCUGGCUCAGCUCCGGCAGUGGUUCACGCUGGGUUAGACAUGGGUGCUGGAGGUGAAGUUAAUUAUAAAGUUAGUACGUGUACACAUGGCGAGCAGGUAUUAGUCAGUUAAUGCUGACGUGUCAGUGGAUUAAUUUCAGCUGCAGUAAGCUUAUCUUCUAAUGUACAUUCUUUCAAUUUAAAAACAUUAAGGUGAAAUACACUUUUAAGAGUUGAGGGAUUUUUGUUUUAGCUUUGUGAAUACAAAGGAUUUGUAUUUUUUAAUUGAUUUUGUUAUUUUAUAUUAAUAAUAUUCAAAUAUAUAUAAUUAUUAUUA